CUGGCGGACGCUUUACAUUUACGUCGGAAGCUGUAUUUUAAAAUAGCGUUGCUGAAAAAUGUGCAGCCCUUUGUAUGAUGUAUUGGAAUCCUAUGAAUCUGGGAAAGUCAAAAAGGGAUCUGUUCGAGUGAGUAAGUGGAUGGGUUACAGAAAUGAGAGUAUGACAUUUGAUGAAAUUAUGGAACAAGUUGAAGUUGCUUUUGCCGAAAAAUUUGGCUCAAAAGACUGCAAUAAAUAUCCAACUGUUGUGGAAAUCAGACCAAGUGGAGGACCUGCUUGCGAAUCAUUAUUCACGGUACUUCGGCACGUGACAGAUGAUCAGAUUGGCAUGAAAGCGUGUGGUAAAUCACCUCAUAUUUUCCAAAGCGAAUGGCCUAAUUUCUCUGUUUAUAUAAAACGUUUCCAUUUAAAAUCUAUUAAACAAGAUGAAUUUAUGGAUGAAACAAAGGAUUUUAUUGAACAAUUAUCAGAAGGUAAUUUUAACUAUAUGCCAGAACCGUAUUAUUGGAUUAUAUACGAUCCAUCAUUAAUGAAUGGUGAAGAUGGUAAUGCAGAGAUUUGGUUAAAAAUUGAAUAACACUAUAAUUGUCUUCAAAUGUUUACUAUUGAGAAUUUUAUCACAUGUCUACCUUACAUGAGAAUAGAAUUUAAUGUAUCUAUUCAUUAAAUUCUGAAUUCAGCUUAAUUAUUUUACCAUUCCUCUUUCAUUUAAUAUUCUUUUUUAUUGGUUGUCGGUAUAAAUAUAAACAUAGUUUCUCUUAUCUAUUUGUGCACGGGCUCUUCUAUUUUUUAACCACCGAAAUUUGUGUCUGUUAUUAUUACUAUUAUUAUUAUUAAUAAUAAUAAAAGUGGUCAGUAGUAUUCAACAAAA